AUGCUUCAUUACGUCCCUUCCCGCGUGCACGGAAUCGAUCUUGACCCGGACGGAUUGAUGGCCCAGAAAUGUCGCCAGUAUUUGCCUUGCAAUGAGCAGCCCUCUUUACCGUCUCUUUACUUUUUUUCGCAGGGCUUGCCGAAGGAAGGAGUGAACGUUUUUGCGACGAUCCUGCACACUCAUCUCCUGGGCAUUGAUCCAGGAUUUCGUGAUGCUUCCGACGAGUUCAUUUCCACCCGCGUCGAGAUCGUGUUAACGGAAUAUACCUUUGAUUUCUGGGGGUCACGCGUUACUUUAUGGGCUGGUGAAGAAUUAAUGAGACAACGCGGCAAAUGA